AGUCCAUCGGAAGCCCCCUUCUCAGGAUUAGCGGUGCUCGGGUCCGGGAGCAACAUGGCGGCGUCCGGGAGCGGCUGUCUUUAGAAAAAGAUAGGACCUGUGCCGCUGCCUUGCGGGGAACAGCGUCCUGAGCACUGACCAACAUGAGCAACAUUUACAUCCAGGAGCCUCCCACGAACGGGAAGGUUUUAUUGAAAACUACAGCUGGAGAUAUCGACAUAGAGUUGUGGUCAAAAGAAGCUCCUAAAGCUUGCAGAAAUUUCAUUCAGCUUUGUCUGGAAGCAUAUUAUGACAAUACCAUAUUUCAUAGAGUUGUACCUGGUUUUAUAGUCCAAGGGGGAGAUCCUACUGGCACAGGGACUGGUGGAGAGUCUAUUUAUGGGGCUCCAUUCAAGGAUGAAUUCCACUCACGGUUGCGUUUUAAUCGGAGAGGACUGGUUGCCAUGGCAAAUGCUGGUCCUCAUGAUAACGGCAGCCAGUUUUUCUUUACAUUGGGUCGAGCAGAUGAACUUAACAAUAAGCAUACCAUCUUUGGAAAGGUUACAGGGGAUACAGUGUAUAACAUGCUACGACUAACAGAAGUAGACAUUGAUGAUGAAGAAAGACCACGUAAUCCACACAAAAUUAAAAGUUGUGAGGUUUUGUUUAAUCCUUUUGAUGACAUCAUUCCAAGAGAAAUAAAAAAGCCAAGAAAAGAGAAACCAGAAGAAGAAGUAAAGAAAUUGAAACCCAAAGGCACAAAAAAUUUUAGUUUACUUUCAUUUGGAGAGGAAGCCGAGGAAGAAGAGGAGGAAGUAAAUCGAGUUAGUCAGAGCAUGAAGGGAAAAAGCAAAAGUAGUCAUGACUUGCUUAAGGAUGAUCCACAUCUCAGCUCUGUUCCAGCUGUUGAAAGUGAGAAAGGGGAUGCAGCAGGAGAUUCAGAUGAUGAUGGAGAAUAUGAAAGUGCAGAGUAUGUUGGACACGUUGAUGGUGAUGAGAAGAGCCUGAUGAGAGAAAGAAUUGCAAAAAAGUUAAAGAAGGACACAAGUGCAAAUGUUAAGGCCUCAGAAGAGGGUGAAGUGGAAAAGAAAUCAGUUAGCCGCAGUGAAGAGCUCAGAAAAGAAGCAAGACAAUUAAAGCGGGAACUCUUAGCAGCAAAACAAAAAAAACUAGAAAAUGCAGCAAAACAAGCAGAAAAAAAUGAAGAGGAAAUGGCUGCCCCAGAUGGUGCUGUUGCCGAAUACAGAAGAGAAAAGCAAAAGUAUGAAGCUUUGAGGAAGCAGCAGGCAAAGAAGGGAACUUCCCGGGAAGACCAGACCCUUGCAUUGCUGAACCAGUUUAAAUCUAAACUCACUCAAGCAAUUGCUGAAACUCCUGAAAAUGACAUUUCUGAAACUGAAGUAGAAGAUGAUGAAGGAUGGAUGUCGCAUGUACUUCAGUUUGAGGAUAAAAGCAGAAAAGUGAAAGACGCAAGCAUGCAAGACUCAGACACAUUUGAAAUCUAUGAUCCUCGGAAUCCAGUGAAUAAAAGAAGAAGGGAAGAAAGCAAAAAGCUGAUGAGAGAGAAAAAAGAAAGAAGAUAAAAUGGAGUAAUGAUAAUCAGAACUAGCUGGAAAUGUGCCUGUAAUAAAUGGCCUUAUAACAGCCAUUUUUCCCAAAAGCAUCACUUAAGGGUGUGAAAAGAACUCUUCUUGAACCUGUUGUCUGGUUUUGAAAAACAAUUAUCUUGUUAUGUAAAUUAUGGAAUGACAUACACAAAUGCUUUUGGUUACUGGUACAUGUUUUUUUUUUCUAAUUAACCUUUUAUAUUGCUAAAUCUGAAAUAAAAUCACUUUACUUCCAGUUU